AACGCAAACAUUGGCGGAGUGAUAUAACCGAGGGCAAUGCGGAAGGAUAUCUUAGCCCUCAAAUGAGAUCUAUAUUACCACCGCGCCGUUGUCUGCGCCGUUUUCCUUUCCAAGGCACAUUAAGGACGCAUCGACUCUACACGACAGCGCUCAUUUGGGCAAAAUGGCAAUAUAAAAUUGUGCAGCGAUCUAGCAGCAGCCAUCCAAACAGUGCAUCCAGCCAGUGCACUGAGCUACUUAUUAUUUAUCAAAAUGAUGUCCUUCGUGGGAACCCUCAGCUCUGCUGUAGUCGACAGCAUAAAAGAAUCCGACGCUUUCCCGGUAUCAUCACGUACCUUGUUAGUGACCAACAACAGCCACUUUGACCAUGAUGAUGACAAGCUCACCGUUUGGCCUGGACGACACGGAGGCCCUACUCUGGGGGCCUUCCUCUCCCAUGGCUGACCCCAUUGACGCUCUGCUUCUCCACACUGAUAAAGAACAACACAAGAGAGGAGGAACCUCCAUUUCAGGAGGUUGCACAUCGCCUGUGAUGUCCCUUUCCUCAUUGCCCUCUUCCUCCUCUCCUCAGCCCUUUUACUCUCCUCCUCCCUCUCCACCGGCCCCGCUCCUCCACGGGGACAAGGCAGGAACAGAGUCAGACCUGCUGCCCUGGCUGCCUGAUCAUGACCAGCUUGGGUGCUCUGAAACAAGUGCUGACAUUAGCAAAGGGGAUGUGUUUUUUGACUUUGGCUGGAUGACAGAGAGGGUGGAUCUGACUGAGUUCGACCUUGACUUUCUGACUGGUUCCUGUAGUCCAGAUCAAGAGUCCUCUAGCUCUCCUGAAGACCUCUUCGACUCUCUCAAUGGCUCCAUGAUGCUUGACUCGCUCUCCCUCCCCACCCUCACAACUCCGACACAAUCAAGUGUUCCUACUCCCUCUCCUUCAGUAUCUUGUACUUCUGCUGUAUCUACUCCCUCCCUUUCCACCUCCUCCACAGAUCUUGCUUUCAUCCCAAGUGUUGAGCCAGUGUCUUCGGAUAACCACCAGCAAGUUCUUUCCCCUUCCCCAUGUGUCCCAGAGCCCCAAGAGGAGCUCGAGAUAAAGUCCGAGCCUGUGUCCCCUACCCCUUUGUCCAUGCUCCCCCCUUUAGUCCAUUCCCCCCGCUCUCCUGCCUACACCCUAGAUUUGGGCAGUGAAGUGGAUGUUCCGGAGUGUGAGGUGAAGCCAGUGGUUGCCACUAUACUCCCACAGGCCCCUAGGAUCGUCCUCUCUCUCUCCCCCACCCGUAUUGUCCUCCUCCUGGCUCCCAAAGAUGAAGUUGGAGUUGCCACUACCACUAUAACCACCACCCCAGAUAUUCACUCUUCUCCCUCAGUUUCCUCUUUGAAGGCCACCAGAAAAAGACCCUACCCUGAUCCCAAAUCCAGAGCCUCUCCCACUAUCACGUGUGUCAAAAGCAGGUCUUCCAGGUGCUCAAGAGGAGGAGGAGGAGCAGAAAAGGCAGCCUUGAAGGCUCCAAAGGAUAAAAAACUAAAGAAGAUGGAGCAGAACAAGACAGCUGCUACUCGUUAUAGGCAGAAGAAGAGGGCUGAACAAGAAUCACUCUCCGUGGACUACGCAGAACUGAAGAGGAGGAACAUAGAGCUGACUGAGAAGGCUGACUCGAUGGCCAGGGAAAUCCAGUAUCUCAAAGAGCUGAUGGAGGAGGUUCAGCUGGCAAAGAUCAAGAAAGGCCUUGAUGCUGACCUCCCCUGUCUGGGUCAGAGAAGAUGCGAUGGAUGAAAUGUACUUGUCUAUGUGUGUGAAGAGUUGAAGGUGGAAAUGGUUGUUUGGUGUACCUAAACAGUUAUUGGAUUUGGUGUGUCUGCAAGUACAAUAGUUUGUUGGAGGUGACCAAAAUCUAAAAAAAAAAAAGAUGUUUGACUUGCCCGAAAGUCAAGUCAAUUUUAUUUGUAUAGCCCAUAUCACAAAUUUGCCUCAGUGGGCUUUGCAGCAACAACAUCCUGUCCUUAGAUCCUCUCAUUGGAUAAGAGCAACUCCCUAAAAAAAAAAGUCUUUCCUUGUCGUUCUUUAAAAAAUAUAUAUAGUAUAUUCACUAUUUUACCAACUUGUAAGAACCUAGUAGUAUUCACCAUUCAGUAUGUAUUUGCAUAAUGUUAUUAGUAAUGUCAGUCAUUCUUAAAAACUUGGACCUAUGUUACUUUGUACAUGAUGAUUGUCUCAUGGAUUUUGAAAAUGUAUUUGUCAAGAAUAAUCUUCUCAACAUUGUCCUCAACACUCUUAUUAAUAAACGGUUUUAAAUGAA